CUGCUUGUGGUCAUUAGUGAGAGGACUACUCUAUUUUCAGACCAAGACGGUGCAGAGCCUUGUGCUAAUUCGGUGGCCGUGGGAAAUCUAGUGCGUCUGUUCGAUUUCCUCGAUAAAAAGGAAUAUAAGCAAAAGGCUGAGAAGAUAAUUCGAGCAUGUUCUACCAGGCUGGCAAAACACUCCUAUAUUUUGACAAAGAUGAUACCUAACUAUCAUCGAAUGCUGAAGGGUUCCGCGAAGAUUGUUGUUGUCGGCGAAGCGUCAAAUGAACUGGUGAAGAGUUUCCGGGAGGAGAUAAAUACGCACUACAUUUGGAAUAGUUUGAUUCUGUUUCUGGAUCCCACUACUGGCAAGUAUUUUCGGUAG